AUGCUAGCCACCAGCACCUGGCUCCGAACCCGGCGGAGCCGUUGCUUCUUCCUCCUCCUCUUCUCACCGAUCCUCCUUCCAUUCCUCUGUGUCACCUUGCCUCUACUAUGUGCCUCUAAGCUAUGCAUCCGCCUCUGCCGCCGUGGCCGGGGCAAGAACAAAGAGGAAGGAGGCGAUCGGUUGCUCAUGUGUGAAGAGGGGUUUUGUGACUGUGAUUGUGAAGAGGAAGAGGGGAAAGAAGUUGGGUUAUUGCAAAGGUACUUAGAAGAUCAGCUACGGCUCGUUGGAUCUGUGUACGAGUGUGGUGAUGAAUUUGAUGAUCAUGACGAUGAUCAAGAUGGUCAAAAUGAUCAUGAAUACAAUCUCAAUACUCCUCUUUUGGGAUUUGGUAAUGUAAUUUCAAUUUUGGAGGCUUCAAGUAAUGAUACUUCCAAGGAAUAA